CGUUCGAAGCUUCAGUGAACCGACACAGCAGAGCAGAGCUUCAUUCGCUCGUCUGAUGUGGCAUGUAGCUGUUUACAUCUGCCGAGACGGAUCGUCCCGAUUUAAGUGUCUGCCUCUGAGACUGUAAUGCGUGUCAGUGUCGCUGUAUAGCCGCGUCGUAGCUGCACAGCUGGUGAACUUGUAGAGCAGCGCAGCCCAAAGUCCGCUAAAAUGUCGGCGUCGGAAGGAACCAAGAACACGAAUACGGAACCGUGGGGUGGCUUUGACGACAACAUCAUCCUCCAGGGCAGUGGCUCUGCAGUAAUAGACAUGGAGAACAUGGAUGACACCUCUGGUUCCAGCUUUGAGGACAUGGGGGAGAUGCACCAGCGUAUGAAGGAGGAGGAGGAGGUGGCAGCGGAGGCUGCAGCUACAGAUGAGGACACUGGAGAGGACGGAGAGUUCCUUGGCAUGAAAGGCCUCAAAGGACAGCUAGGCAGACAGGUCGCUGAUGAGGUUUGGCAAGCAGGGAAGCGGCAGGCCUCAAAAGCCUUUAACCUCUAUGCUAACAUCGACAUCCUUCGACCUUACUUUGAUGUUGAACCUAUUCAAGUGAGAAAUAGAUUAAUUGAGUCCAUGAUUCCACUCCGAAUGAUCGCUUUUCCACAGAAAAUUGCUGGAGAGCUGUAUGGACCAAUGAUGCUGGUGUUCACUCUGGUUGCCAUCCUCCUGCAUGGCAUGAAGACAUCUGGCACGGUCAUUAGAGAGGGUACACUGAUGGGCACUGCCAUUGGAACCUGCUUCGGCUACUGGCUGGGGACAUCCUCCUUCAUCUAUUUCUUGGCCUACCUUUGCAAUGCUCAAAUCACCAUGCUUCAAAUGCUGUCUUUAUUGGGAUAUGGUCUCUUUGGCCACUGUGUGGUCCUUUUCAUCACCUACAACGUCCACUUUCACUCCCUCUUCUACAUUCUGUGGCUGGUGAUUGGAGGACUUUCUACUCUUCGGAUGGUUGCUGUGCUGAUCUCUCGUACAGUGGGUCAGACUCCGCGUCUCAUCCUGUGUGGCACCUUGGCUGCUCUCCACAUGCUCUUUCUGCUCUACCUGCACUUUGCCUACCACAAGAUUGUUGAAGGGAUCCUGGACACCCUAGAAGGUCCCAAUGUUCCCCCUAUCCAGAGAGUGGCCCGAGAUCUACCUAACUUGGCAUCUGUCGUUGUGAAUGCCACUGUGAAAUCUGUGGCUGCAAUUGUACACUCACAGUGAUCACAUGGUUCAUACCGGUGCUUCCUACCUUGGUCAAGGAAGCUGGUUUGGGUGUGCAUGAACUGGACAAAAGAGACUGACAUGGGAGUUCAUAUCUAGCGCCCUUCAUAAGCCUGAGUCCAGUUGUUAGUUGAAUGUCAUAUGUCUGCCAUGACGAUGGGCAUAAGAUCAUGGGAAUGAGGCAAAAAGUGGAUCUAGACCUCAGUUGUUUUUGAGAGGCAAUACUAUUUUUACAAACUUUUAACUGUUAUCGCUCUCUGUGGUCAACCAUUGUGGAAAAAUUCAGUUGCAUAACAGAAAGAAAUGGCUUGUUAUUGGUAUUUCUCACAUCAGACACAUUUAAUUGUCUGCAGAAAAUAGCAACACUAAAGACUCAACUUGUUAAUGUAUGUAAAGUGCCCUAAGAUUUUCCCCAGCUGAUGUGCAUUCACAUGCAAUUUCAUUUAAAGGUGAAAGGAAUAGAAACUCAGCUUCACAACAAGUGCAUUUUAGUUCAUUUUCAGUUGAGCUGUUUUUUAAGCAUAAAUUCUUCUGUAAUAUUGUAUAAGACCUGUUCUGAGUGUGAAACUUUUUAAAGAUGCUUUAGAACAGGCACAUCAAACUCCUUGCCUCGUGCUUGGAGUUCAGUUUAUGAAGGCUUUUCUAAUUAGUUGGUCAGCUGAUUCGUGUCUGUUAAAUGGGGCAGAAUGCGGAAGUCUACAGAGCUGUGGCUGGCAAGGACCGGAGUCUGACGCGUUUGCUUUACAAGCAACAAAACAACUGUUGUAAAUUUAAGUGGCUCUCAUUAUGUUAACCUAUUUACUAAGAUCUCAGUGCUGUUGAAAUAAACAUUCAGAAGGUUUGCCACUUUAUCAUCCUAAAAUAUAGUUCAAAAACCUGCCGAUGUCUGCAGAUAUGCAGUUAUGAUUGAGAAGCUGCCCUUUUGUCACUCAUUCCACUUGUGCAUCCUCACAAUUUGUCUAAUUUACAUAGACAGCUGAAGGUGUUUAACUUCUGGGGCACUUUCUUUAACUUAUGAGAUAUCAGAUGUUUUUGGGUUGGGGAAAUUUUGAAUGAAGCCUGUAUCUACAAUUACUGUUAUCUUGGUUAAUAAGAGCAAUGCAUUGGUGCAGAAAUGCAGUGAUAAUUCUGAUUUUUCUUUCCUCUCAGUGGUGCAUGAGGGUUUUUAAGAAAAAUUUUUUCAAGUUUUUAUUUUAACCAGCCGUAUAUGUACUGCGCUCUGGACUUAUGUUGGGAACACUGGGUAGAGGUCUGUGGCUGUCAAUACUUGCUCAUUAUUUUGUCACUUUAUGUGAACUUUCUAUUUAUAGGGUUAUUGUACAGAAAAAAUGUAGAAUCAUAAAUAAAGUAUUAAAAAUGCAAGGUUAAA